ACUACAGUCAUAGGGUAAAGAAUCCAUUUUAGACAAAAGUGCUCAGCUAACAAUGACAUACCUCUCCACCAAGGUACGUAAUGUACUAAUUUGUUCCAGUGAAAAUAAGCAAUCCUAAGAUGACCCCACUAACUGGUGAGGAGGCCGUGGUGGUCCCUGCUGCUUGCAGCGGCGGGGCGGCGGUCAGUAGCGCGGGCGGCUAUGUGAUGGCGGGUUGUUCCCCCGGGGGCAGUUCCGGCAGCGGCACUACGGCGGCCGCGGCGGCAGCUGGGGGCGGCAUUUUCCAGCACAUGAACAUGGCGCAGUAUCUGACCCCGCCUCCCAAUCCACGUGCGCACUUUGCCUCACAUCCGGGGCUGGGCAGCAGUUUGGCCAGCAUCUCCAUGCCGGGCCUGUCGCGAUUCGGACUUGGGCAUCCGCUGGAGCAGGUGGCUUUUCCGCAAGGUAUAAACCCCAGAAAACAGCGGCGAGAGAGGACCACUUUCACCAGAACACAGUUGGAACUUUUAGAAGCACUGUUUGCGAAGACGCGAUAUCCGGAUAUCUUCAUGAGGGAAGAUGUCGCCGGAAAAAUCCACCUCCCUGAAUCCAGAGUACAGGUGUGGUUUAAGAACAGGCGUGCUAAGUGCCGUCAGCAAAUACAGCAGCAGCAGAAUAAACCUGAUUCUAAGUCGUGUUCUGCUGGUCUAAAGCCGAAACCUGGCAAAAGAUCUCCGGUGUCGGUACCAACUACGUCCAACGCUGCAGUUGCGCCUCCUGUAAAUAUUCCUACGCCUUCCACAUCAGCCUCACCGCCUAUGGUCAACGUGAAGAAGGAGCAGUCACCCCAACUACAGAGCUACAGGAACAACGGCAACCUCACCCCUCUUGGAAGCAGCACUUCAAGCGUUAUGACCACCCCGUCACCACCCAUGACACCUGUCAGUAACCCAGCGCUGAGCUACCAACAUGACGGGUAUAACUCCAUCAACUACAACCUUCACUCGAAUGGUCACAACUCCUCACCCCACCAUUACUAUGGCCAGAACUACAACCACGCGUACUACAGCCAGAUGGAGUACUUCAACCAGCAAAGCACCCAGAACCAGAUGCAGGUGGGCAACCACGUGGGCGGCUCUUACCAAAUGGGUGGCUCAUACCAAAUGGGCGGCGCAUACCCAGUGGGCGGAUACGCCAUGUCCGCUGCUGCUUCCCAUCACCAGAACUUCAGCCCCAGGCAUCCAGCUGACUGUAGUUUAGACUACAUGAACCAGAUGGUAUAAAGUACAAAAUUAAAGAAUAAGGUUAUUUAUGGUAUUGUGUCAUCCGCUUCGAGUUUUACAAGGAACUAUUUUAGAACCGUUCCGAUCCUCUCUGCGGCCGUUGCGGAUGUGAGAACUCUGGACCAGAACUUCACUGCUCAUUAUCAGGAUGGUUUAGGGAUAGUUGUUUGUAGAACUAACCCAAAUUUUAAUAUUUUGAUUUACAGUGCGCGUUGGAACAGAAAGGUGGUAUAGUUUUCGAAAUGUUAUAUAAGGAUAUCAUUCUUCAAUAAUAAGAAAAGAAAAAUUGAGAACGAUUUUGGAGUAUUGCGAAAUAGAGAAUUUUCUGCAAAAAAAGCCAAUUGCAUUUUUAGCAGAAUAUGGACUAUUAUUCGUUAGAAUUCAAAAUUGCUCAUAUAGGUUCAUAUUAGACUUUCUUUUUGAAUCCAAUGUGCAAUGUAAAUACGCGCUUGACUUAAAUUUGUAUAUUUUUAGCAUUUAAUUUCUAAUACCAUUUGUAGAUUUUUCAACUAAAAAAACAAAAAACAAAAAACAAACAAAAACACAAAAAACAAAAAAUUCUUUAGUUAGUUUAUAAGUAUCUGCAAUUCGAAGCUCGUCACAACUCUUUAUGAAAUGAAGUCAUUCGGCUUUUCCAAAUAGAACCUCACAUAUAAAGCCAAAUUACCACAUCUGACAGUUAGCCAUGUAUACCUUCUGAAAAAUCCGACUUGAAUUAUCUUUAAGGGUUCGGUUCGGACAACUGACAGUGCAUGUCGUUUUGAAAUGGUCUUGCGCAUCUGGAGUUCGGAACUAUUUUUAGUUUAUAAACAACUGCAGUUCGAAGCUGAUGAGCUGCAACAUUCACAACACUUCAGCUGGCCUUGAAUUUAAUAUAAAGUUUAAAAUGGUUUCAGACGAAGUCGGCUUUUGCAAAUAUUCCACCAUCCAUAUGAAGGUUUAAUUUCAAUUGACACUGAACUGGCCUUAAGAAUCAGGAAUCACCAAAUCGGACAGUUAGCCAUGUAUAGCUUCAGAAAAAUACUACCUGAAUAAUCUUGAAGGGUUCUAUUCGGACAACUACCAAUGCACUUCGUUUUGAAAUGACCUUGAAAAUCUAUUUUUAGUUUAUAAGCAUUUGCAAUUCGAAGCUGAUGAGCUGUAAUCUUCACAAUUCUUUAGCUGACCUUGAAUUUAACCUAAGCUUUAAGAUUGUUCCAAAUGAAGUCGGCUUUUUCAAAUAGAACCUCACAUAUUCCAUCAUCGAUAUGAAAGUUCAAUUUUAAUUGACAUCGAAUUGGCAUUGAAACACGUGAAAGCCAAAUCACUACAUGUGUAGCUCCAGACAAGCCGCCCUACCUAAAUUAUCUUGAAGGGUUCUAUUCGAACAACUAACAAUGCACUUCGUUUUGAAACCUGAACAUAUGUAAAUAAAAUUAUUAUUAGUUUAUAAGUACCUGCAAUUUGAAGCUGAUGAGCUGCAAUCUUCACAACUCUUCAGCUGACCUUGAACAAAACUCAAGUUUCAAAAUUGUUUCAAAUGAAAUCGGGUUUUUCAAAUAGAACCUCAAAUAUUCCACCAUGCACAUGAAGGUUUAAUUUCAAUGGACAUCUAAAUGGCCUUGAGUCAGAUGAAAGAUAAAUCACCACAUCUGACAGUUAGCCACUUAUAGUUUCAUGAAAAUCCAAACUGACUUGUCUGGAAGGGUUCUGUUCGGACAACUACCACUGCGCUUCGUUUUGAAAUGACCUAGAGAAUCUAUUUUUAGUUUAUAAGCACUUGCAAUUCGAAGCUGAUGAGCUGCAAUCUGUAGCUGACCUUGAACAAAACUCAAGUUUCAAAAUUGUUUCAAAUGAAAUCGGGUUUUUCAAAUAGAACCUCAAAUAUUCCACCAUGCACAUGAAGGUUUAAUUUCAAUGGACAUCUAAAUGGCCUUGAGUCAGAUGAAAGAUAAAUCACCACAUCUGACAGUUAGCCACUUAUAGUUUCAUGAAAAUCCAACCUGAUUUGUCUGGAAGGGUUCUGUUCG